AUGGCGAAAUUUUACGUGCUGUGUUUAGUGUUGUGCAUAGGAGCUGCAUCAGGCGCCCGCCAGAGACCUCGCUACCAACAGGCUAUCAACGAUGAGUAUGACUACGAACCUCAAGCUCAGGACCGCGCUGCUGGAGACCAGGUGAUACUAGUAGCAGACCAAUACGACAGACUCUACAGAGCAGAUGACAGAUUGGACGACGACUACGAACCUAGAGCUCUGCAACGCCAGUCAGCACCGUCUAGGUUCAAGCCACAACAACAGCAGCAGCAGCAGCAGCAGCAAGCCCAGGAAGGACCAAAGCAACCACCCGUUCAGACCAUCAGGAAUUACAAUAAGGUGAAUGAUGAUGGUAGCUUUACAUUCGGCUACGAAGCUGCUGAUGGUUCCUUCAAGGAAGAAACGAGAGGAACUGACUGCGUUGUACGUGGCAAAUACGGAUACGUUGACCCUGAUGGUAACAAGCGUGAGUUCACAUACGUGUCCGGCAACCCCUGCGACCCCAACAAGCAGGAUGAUGACGACCAAGAAUCCGCUGCUCCAGACUCCGCGGAAAGAGACGAUCCCGAACCAAACUAUCCCAGACGACCAGCCCCCAGACCUACGACCCCAAGACCACCUACGACUUUCUUCCAAAACGACUUCCGCGACGCUGAUGACGACGAAGACGAAGAGGAACCUCUCCAGCAGAUUAGACAAAGAGUUGUCCAGCGUCCUACCCCAGCACCCAGAAGACCAGCUUACCAACCACAACCUAUUGCUAUUACUCCCCGUCCAGUACAGGUUACCUCACCCAGAACCCUGGCCCCGGCCACUACAUAUAGGCCGCAGCUCAUUCAAGUCACUGCUAAACCCCAACAACAGAUUCAGUACAGUCCUGCUCCAAACUAUUCUCCGUCUCCUGUACAGAACUACUCACCUUCACCAGCACCCGCCAUCGGCACGACCCUCAGACCUGGAGCCAUUGACUUUGCUGCUGAAUUUGCGAAGUUUCACCGUGAAAAUCAAUUGCAGUCUACAACUAGCUCUUCUAUUGCCAACCCGUCUAAAGGACAGUCUCCGUCUGCACCUGCUCCAAGUGGAAACCCGCUGUACUCCACUGAGCUUAUUUACGAUCCUUCAAGUGGAGCCUACAAUAACCAGCUGUUCCAGUCACUACCUCAGACAAACGGAGAGUUGAACUUGAACCAAAGGCUGCAGCCAUACGUGGCCAACCCGCAAGCCCAGCCCAGACCUUUCAGACCUUCUCAACCAUUACCUUCAUCUGACGGUCCCUCUGCUCCUCUAUACAGGCACCAACUUCAAAACAUUCAAAACCCUCAAGAAGUCUACCAAAGACAACAAUCUGAGAGCCAAUUCCAGAACUCGCAGCAGCUAUUCGCUCAACAGCAACAGCUUCAGCAGAAUCAAUUGCAGAGGGAUCGUGCUGCAGCCAGGGCUCAGGCACAGAGAUUAAACGUUGCACCUCAGAGCCAGGCGGCGCCAGGGCAAUUCUACUACGUUGCUCCUCGUGGAGAAUCUUCAUCAUCAGGACAAAUCGAUGCCUUCCUUAGAGGGCACGGCAUUCAGUUUUAG